AUGGCCGGGCCCGCGCGCCCGCUCCUGCUGGCCCUGCUGGCCGCCGCCGCCGCCGCCGGGUGCGAGGAGCAGGCCGGGACCGCCGACUGGAGGGCCACGCUGAAGACCAUCCGGAACGGCGUGCACCGCAUAGACGCGUACCUGAACGCCGCCCUGGACCUCCUGGGGGGCGAGGACGGGCUCUGCCUGUACAAGUGCGGCGACGGAUCUAAGCCUUUCCCACGUUACGGUUACAAACCCUCCCCGCCGAAUGGAUGUGGCUCCCCACUGUUUGGUGUUCAUCUCGACAUCGGCAUCCCCUCCCUGACCAGGUGCUGCAACCGGCACGACAGGUGCUACGAGACCUGCGGCAGCAGCAAGAGCGACUGCGACGAGCAGUUCCAGCAGUGCCUGUCCCGGAUCUGCCGCGACGUGCAGAGGACGCUGGGGCUGGCGCAGCACGUGCAGGCGUGUGAAAAAACAGUGGAGCUCUUGUUUCACGGUGUGAUACAUUUAGGCUGUAAGCCGUACCUGGAUGGGCAGCGAGCCGCGUGCAUGUGUCGUUACGAAGAAAAGACUGAUCUUUGAAGAAGACACUGACAGCUGGUGACAGAUGAGGGUGGACGAACAUAACCUUUGACCAAGAACUACAGCAUAAAGCUGUCCUCUUUUGUGAAAAGCUCAAGACGUUCCAAGAGUUUAUAUUUUGAUGUGAAAACCCCAAAGUAAAAGCGGGGGAAGUGGGGAGGGCGCGUCUGCCCUCUCAGGUAUCUUCCCGGUGGUGUUGCUCAGUGUGCCAAAUCGUCUUGACACGUGUGUGUUAAGGGGAGAAUUUCUAAAAAGAAGAAUAUAUAACUCAAUUUCACAACCAUUAUUUACAAAAAAGAGAUCAAAUGCAAAAUUCAUUAUAAGGUCUGUUCAACAUUAUUUGGAAAUGUGGGAGAUUCUUCAUUUAUGUUAAUAGAAGUAUUAUUUGUUUACUAGGAAAUUUUAAAUAUUACAUUUGUGCCUGAAAAGAACUGAAUGUAUUUUUUCUCUAAUUACACAUAAUUUGCUUCUCUUUAGCCCACUGAGCAUAUAGACAAGUCACACAUCUGUGCGAACUAGUUACAAGGACAAGGUUUCCAAUGUCAGUUUCUCUUGUAAAAUUGGAACCAUCAUCUGGUUUCCUCCCAGGAAGCAAACCCAGGAUAUCUAAGGAUUAUGUAAUAUGCCCAGAAGAUGCCGUGACCAAGAUUCGGAAGCGUAGCCACUUCCAUUUUAUGAACCAUUCGUGCGACAAAUGUCACCUUUUGCUAUAUAACCUUUGCCUAAAUUGGAGAAAAGAUGGAUUUAAUGAGACAAGUGAAAAGUUGAACAUAACACAUGAGGACGCUGUUGGCUCUUCUGCUUUGAUGUUUAUUCCCUGGCACUUGUUCCCCGUGGUAGAUUCUGGGAUAUUUUAAAAACUGUAACUUUUACUAAUUGUGGUCUUAAUAAAGGUGGUUCUUGAUACUGUU